AGGCCCCAAACUCCAUCCCCUCCCUCACAAAAACAAAAGAACUAAACAAAAUUGAAAGUAUUUUCAGAGUAAUGGGAGAUUGUACUAAGAACACUAAACGAAUUGCUGGUACAGUAGAAGAAGAGAUGAAAGAAGAAGAAGAGACUUCAAACACAAGCUUGCUAUCUAAGAGAAAAAAAAUUACUUCUCAAGAGAAAAACGACGUACCUUCAGCCGACAAUGAUCACAAAAACGAUCACAUUUCCGUCAAAACGGCGACGUCCUCUGCGUUCUUCUCCGCUUCUUGCUCCUCUAGCAAUGACUCACUGCAAGUUGUCAAGGAUUCCUUAAGUUUCGCAGAUCUGGAGUUGGAACUGAGGAGUCAGCAUAACAAAUUUCGCGUUUAUUUAAGGAAGGUCUCCAGCUUUGAAACCGAUAAAACUACGACCAACAGCAAUUUCAGGGAGGCGCGUCCGUUGAGGGAGAUUUGCGUAGUCUCGCAGAAAGCAUCAAUGGACUCACAGCCGAAGAGUCCGCAAGCACCUCGCCGGAGAAUUCCGCCGGAGGUGACUGUUUCAGCGGCUAGGAUGCCGUCACUGGUGGAGAUCGAUGAGUUUUUCGCUGCAAUUGAGAAGAACGAUCAGAAACGAUUCGCAGAGAAGUAUAACUAUGAUAUCGCGAAGGAUGUGCCGCUUGAAGGUCGCUACCAGUGGAUUCAGUUGAAGCCUUGAAAUGAAGAGAGAGAGAAAGAGAGGGGGCGACAAAAGGCUAAAGUCACAGUGGUGGGUAGUAUAUAAAAUUACGUGACAAGUGGGGUGGUCUGUUAAUGGUUACAUUGUACAGUUUUCUCUAUCUAUCUAAAUAUAUGUAAGAAGCUAGCUCAGCUCAGCUCGCUCACUCUGAUUUUCAGUACAAUAUAUUUAAUCAAAAGAGAAGCAUCUUAUUCUUCAUA